AUGCCGUACGCUAUGAUGCGUCAUUUACGCCGAACAAUGGUAUUAACGCAACAAAUUCGAUGUGAAUCCAUCAUGUCCAGUUUGACUGCGGAGGACAUCAUAUUUCGCCCUACAAUGGCUCAAUGGGGCAAAGUUAUCAGAGAAGCUGAAAAGAUUGUUGGAUAUCCAACCUCUUUUAUGAACUUGCGAUGGUUAUUAAGCGACGAAUUUGCCAAUUUAGCCAUGCAAUUGCGUACAGUCGUUGGCAUGAACCAUCCUAUACUAAAAACAGCCAAAAUGCUUCUCUACAAUGAACACAAUAACCUUCAGCCCUGGGGCCUUGUUAUCUUACUGCUGUCAAAAUCCCUUAACCCGUCAACAUCUCUAAUAGCAAGCACAGUUACCGAAAAUCAACGAAUACUUGCAGAAUUAACAGAAAUGAUCAGAACGGGACAUUACGUACACAGAGGAUUAUUGAACAUACCACCAAGUGACCGCAACAAAAAUUCAGAUACAGCAAUAUUUGCAAAUAAAAUUGCAAUUCUAAUUGGUGAUUAUUUAUUAGUUACCGCUAAUGGUAUGCUUGCUAGAAUAAAGAACCAAGACUUAUCAUACUUAAUAUCAACAGCUUUGAGAGACUUAAGUGAAGGUGAAUUUUUUGGACAACGGGAUGCACAAAAUAUGCCAUUACCUGGCAAGGCAAUGAACAGACAAACAGAUUACUAUGAUAUUUGUAGUGAUACAUUACCUUUAGAAGUCAGAGAUGUAUUAGGUUCACCGAUAAGAGAGUGGACUUUACGUUCACUGUAUAACGGUGGCACAUUAUUGGGAAGAGGUUGUCAAGGGGCAUUAUUAUUAGGUAACCAUGGAUUAGAAAAACAAGAAAAUGCAUACAAAUUCGGCUGUCAUUUAUGUCUAGCUUGGCAAGCAGCUUCCGAAGUACAGAAAAUAACUUCAGAAAAAGAGUCAUUUUCCAUAGUAAGUGCGCCUGUUUUAUUUGCUAUAAAAGACAGUCCAUAUUUGUACGACCUAAUAUGUGAUAGAAACGUAACGGAUAUGGAUUUUGAGGUUAUAAAAAAUGAAGUUCAGAAAACAGAUGCAGUUGAGCAAACUAAAUCGUUAUAUAUGGAACAUGCAAACAAAGCUAAAAGUUAUGUUGAAACAUUUGAUGAGUGUGUAUCAAUAGAUACUAUCAAAAGAUUAAUUUACACUUUGUAG